GUACGCCCCCUUGCUGGACCCUGGGUACUGCAGCCAGGACCAUGUCUGGGGUACAAGGAUGGUGACCAGUCUCCUGGUGUGUGCGGGGUACGAGCACGGGCAGGACGACGCUUGUGACGGAGACUCUGGUGGUCCGCUCAUCUGCCCGUCCCCUGACGGCAGCCGGUGGGAACUGCAGGGAGUCGUGAGCUGGGGUGACCACCCGUGCGGUCAGACAAGCAAACCCACCAUGUACACCCGGGUCACCGCCUUCAAGAGCUGGAUCGAGCAGAACAUCCAGGCAGCCUAGACUCAGCCUAGAGGACACUCAGUAGAAUAAAGUGAAGCGACUUUAAAACUUUGUCCAUGUA